CCGAUGGGGCUCGACGCCCUAACCAUUGGAACCGACGCUGCUGGCCUCCAUCCGACUCCACGCCACGCCUACAAUGACAUCGUCGAGGUCCGUCUGUACCUCUUGUAGAUAAAGCGUCCUGGCCGCGCGACUUGACUGUCCUAACUAUCCCAACACCAUCAUAUCAUCACAUCUCCUCCAGCAAUUCAAUUCAAUUCAAGCGUCUCGCUUCAGCCUUCAGCCUCGCGCCCUUUGCACGAUACACAAUACAUCAAUCACCUCACACCAAAUCCCUCAACUCAACCACCCGAUGGCUCCGAGCAAGAACUUCCACGUCGCCAUUGUCGGCGGUGGCAUCGCCGGAGUGACUCUCGCGAUCGCCCUGCACCACCGCAACAUCUCCGUGAGCAUCUACGAGCAAGCGCACGAGUUCGCGGAAGUCGGGGCGGGCGUGUCCUUCAGCCCCAACGCCGUGCAGGCCAUGAACUACUGCCACUCGGGGAUUUAUGAAGCGUUCGAGAAAGUGUGCACGCGCAACCUGUGGCCCACGAAGCAAAAGGUCUGGUUCGAUUACCUGGACGGCUUCAACAGCAAGGGCGCGAACACCACCGGGAACAGCGGGCGGCAAGACAUCGAAUUCACCAUCUCCAACAGCCUGGGCCAAAACGGCGUGCACCGCGCGCACUUCCUCAACGAACUGAUCAAGCUGGUGCCCAAGGAGAUCUCGCACUUCAACAAGCACCUCGACGACAUCCACGAGCGGUUGAGCGACGGCAAGCUGGUCCUGAAGUUCGCUGACGGCUCCGACGCCGAGGCCGACCUCGUCAUCGGCUGCGAUGGUAUCAAGUCGCGCGUCCGCCAGAUUAUCGUCGGCGCGGACCAUCCCUCGGCCAAUCCCUCCUACACUCACAAGUACGCCUACCGCGGUCUGGUGCCGAUGGAUAAGGCAGUUGAGGCGAUCGGCGAGGAGCUGGCCUCCAACGCCUGCAUGCAUAUGGGACCGGGCGGCCACAUCCUCACGUUUCCCGUCAACGCGGGCAAAACGCUCAACAUCGUGGCCUUCCACACCUCGCCGGACGAGUGGGCGGAAUACCCGCGUCUGACCCGCCAGGGGACUCGAGACGAGGUGCUGCGCGACUUCGAAGGCUAUGGGCCUAACGUGAUCAGUCUGUUGCAGUUGACCAACCCGGAACUCAGCGUGUGGGCCAUCUUCGACCUUGGCGAAAACCCCGUCCCAACCUUCUACAAAGGCCGGGUGGGAAUCACCGGCGACGCGGCGCACGCGACUUCCCCGCACCACGGCGCGGGCGCCGGCUUCUGCAUCGAGGACACGGCCGUGCUGACGGCCCUGCUGACGGACGAGCGCGUGCACACGCACCGCGAUCUCAAGGCCGUGUUGGCGGCCUUUGACGAGAACCGCCGCGAGCGCUCCCAGUGGCUGGUGCAGAGCAGUCGGUUCAUCGGCGAUUGCUAUGAGUGGCGAGCCGAUGGCGUGGGGAGCGACUUCCAGAAGAUCGAGGAGCAGAUUAAUCGACGGAAUGGGGUCAUCGCGAAUGUGGAUAUCGGGAAGAUGUGUGACGAGGCGAGGGGGUCGUUGGAGAAGAGGUUGAAUGGAGCGUUGCUUUAGGUUGGAUUUAGAUUUGAUGGAAGGGGUGGGAAUGAUAGAACUUUAGACUAUUUUUGUGCUUGUGAGGGUCUUGAGCGGGAUAACUAGCAUGUUGGUCUUUCAUUGGUUUAUAUUAUGAUUGAUAGAUUUGGUUUAUUGUUCUUUCUUUUUUUUUUUUUCUUUUCGAGGUAUAUAUCUAUGAUUGAUAAUCGAC